UGAUUUUCUUAAAAAAUAUGAGUAAAUGUAAAUACAAUCUAUUAAAAUAUCAAGAGUUAUAUAUGUAGGACAUUAUUCUAAAACUUGGAAUUAUAAUGUCAGGAAUUCUGAAGUGGGGGAACAAUUACUUGGGGGUAGUGAAACACUUUGCUUCCUUAAUAGAAAAGUCACUGUAUCCUAUCACCCACUCAGCCAGAAAGAAGAGCCCAUCUCUCUUGAUUUGUAGAAUACCUCUUACAGCAUUUUUCCUACUGUGCAUCCAAAAUCUGCUCCUUGAACUUAAGCCUACUGGAUUCAUGCUCUGACUUCGUGUGUAAAGUAAUUUCCUCUGUGCCAUAAGCAUUUGUUGUCUGCAAGUCACUGUUUUUAUAACAUGGAGUAUUCCGUCUGGGGCAGGAAUAUUAACAAGUCAAAAAGAAACGAAAUACAAGGCAUCAGCCGCAACAAGGAAUGACAGCCGUUACCAAGCAACGCAGACAGCGAUUGGCUGGAUGGGCCAAAAGUAUGGACUUCCAAAUCCAUCUCUCGUGUUCUUUGUUGCUUCUUCUCCUGAAAUGAUUCAAGAUUUCAGAUUUCUCAUUUUCUGCAUUUGAUCGGGGGAGAAUUAGGAUCUCCUUUGGAACUAGCGCAUUUCUACUACUCAGCCUAGGAGGCCUCAGCGAGAUACGUUUUUCCAUUUUCUCCACUCCAAGAGGGCUUGUUUUGCUAGAUAAAAUGCAAAAGGAAACACGCGGCGAGCUUGGCCCAUAAUCGUCCGCGCGCCCCGACUGUGCCAAGGCAUAAAGCAUCUUGCCAGCUCCUGCUCGACUUGGAAGACGGGCUGGGUAGGGCAGGACAGGGGAGGGCCGGGCAUGCACGAGCCGAGUAUCCGGGCAACAGGCAAGCACAAAACCAUUCAGAGGAAAAACGGCGGGGCUACCAAAUUCCCGCCGCCCUGCAGGCGAGCGCCCUCUCAGGGCUUCAAGAGAAACGCGCCCGCUUCUGCUGGCUUUGCGCCUCCUGUGGCGUUUCGGCUCAACAAUUUGGCUCCGCUUUGCCGUCUGGAUGUUUUGUGGCAAAAAGAGCUACGGGCGGCACUGUCCGCAGACUCCCUCCUUCCGGCUUUCCUCGCGCUGCAACUUGUGGAUUGCGCCAAGCUGCCCCUCGCCGGCAGCCCUACCCCCUCCUCCAGCCCCUCCCAGUCCGGGAGGAGGGGAAGAAGAGAGGCAAGCGCGCGCGAGAGAGAAAGAGCCCAAGUCGCCCUAGCGGUGCGCCCCUUCCACUCCCUCUCGCCCUUCCACAGUUUGAAAAUGCCACAGCACCAAGCGGGCUCGGGUUGCUCCGGCUUUCUCGCAAGCGCACCUGACGCCCGACGAGCCCACCCGCCCCCUUUCGCCUCGGCCGUGGAAAGACCGUUGCUCUCCCGCUUAGACCCGAUGGUCUCCGACGGGAAGCGGAUCCUGUCGGAAGCCUGAAUCUUUUUGUCCAAGCCAGCUGGCCGGAGAGAGCCAAGCCCCGCUCGGAGCCUCCCUGCCCUCGGCUCUCUGGGAUUGCUACGGCGCGGAACCUAAGAGUCAACCUAAGAGUCAACUGCCGAGGAUGCGCCUUGUGGCGUCGGCUUUUCUUACCGGCUCCUCGCCUCGGCCAAGGAAACGGCACGGGGGCUUUCUGCCGUGCUGACGAGGUCGGUGUUUUUGUCUUCCGAUCGCCUGGAAGGGAAAGGCGGGCCAUCGCGCCAGGCUUUUGCCAUCGCGCCAGGCUUUUGGGACGAGGGGGAGGCAAGGCGAGACCCGGCGAAUUGGUUGCGUAUCUCGAGUGUGCGUGAAGGAGAGAAGCGUGUUUGUUUUUUUUAUCCGAGGAGGUCUUCCGAAGUUUAAAAUCGUCUGGAAAGUCACGUCGAGCUCUCUUCUCUACUUUGCAAGACCUGGCUCUUUACCAACCUGCUGAGCCCGGGCAGCGGCGGAAAGCAGAAGAGGCGUUUCUUCCAACUCCUCGGAACCUCUUCUGGGGGGGGGGGUAUUGGUUCUCCGGUUCCUUUUCGUUUGGCCGGGAGCCCCGGGCCAUAGAUGCAUUCCCCGCCUCGUCGCUUCAGUUCUGUGGCCAUUUGCUUCCAGCCCGCCCAAAAGGAGAUAUAAUCCUUCUGCUAUCUUGGUUGGCCAGACAAGGGCCGUUUCCUUCCACCUCGGGGCUUUGCUCCCGGCGCUACCGAGGCACUUGUUGCAGCUCCUCGCUGGGGUUUGGGAGGCUUGAGAAGACUUCCUUUCCUCCCUCCAAAAUAAGGGCGGGUGUUCAGCCCAGCUCGAUCCCACCAGCCCCCUCAGGGUGCAACUGGUGCAGGGCCUCUCUCUGCUUAUUUCCCGCUGUUUCUGGGCCAGAAGGAAUAAGGGUUAUUAUAGAAGCACUUCUGGCCCACCUAACCUAAUCUAUGAUCAGCUCCGUGUGUGUCUCAUCUUACCGUGGGCGCAAAUCAGGGAACAAGCCACCUUCCAAAACAUGCCUGAAGGAAGAGAUGGGCAAAGGAGAAGAGUCAGACAAGAUCACGAUCAACGUGGGGGGCACCCGGCAUGAGACCUACAAGAGCACUUUGCGCACCCUGCCUGGAACCCGCCUGGCUUGGCUGGCAGAUCCCGAUGCCCAGAGCAAUUUUGACUUUGACGGACAAAGCAAUGAGUUUUUCUUUGACCGCCAUCCAGGUAUUUUCUCUUACGUGUUGAAUUACUACCGCACGGGCAAACUACACUGCCCAGCAGACAUCUGUGGGCCCCUCUUUGAAGAGGAGCUGACCUACUGGGGCAUUGACGAGACUGAUGUGGAGCCCUGCUGCUGGAUGACUUAUCGGCAGCACCGGGAUGCUGAGGAAGCCCUGGAUAUCUUUGAGAGCCCUGAGCCUGGCAGUGGGCUGGCUGGGGAAGAGACUGAAGAUGAAGGGGCCCGGGAGAUGACCCUUCAACACCUGGGCAUGGAGGAUAGGCCUCCUGGGGCCACAGGAGGAGGAGGAGGAAGUGGCUGUUGCCGCAACUGGCAGCCUAAGAUGUGGGCACUGUUUGAGGAUCCCUAUUCAUCAAAGGCAGCCCGGAUCAUUGCCUUUGCUUCACUUUUUUUUAUUCUAGUAUCCAUCACAACUUUUUGUCUGGAGACACAUGAAGCCUUCAUCAUAGAUACCAAUGUGACUGAGACCCUAGUAGUGGGCAACACAACUGAGAUUGUUGUAAUGAAAAAGAUGGAGACAGAGCCUAUUCUCACCUGUAUUGAAGGAGUUUGUGUGCUGUGGUUCACUCUAGAGUUUCUGGUGCGCAUUGUUUGCUGCCCGAAUAAAUUGAUCUUCAUUAAGAACCUUCUUAACAUCAUUGACUUUGUAGCCAUCCUACCCUUCUAUUUAGAGGUGGGACUCAGUGGCCUAUCAUCCAAAGCUGCACGGGAUGUGCUGGGCUUCCUGAGGGUAGUUCGUUUUGUCAGAAUCCUCCGAAUUUUCAAGCUGACCCGCCAUUUUGUGGGACUUCGGGUGUUGGGCCAUACACUCCGGGCCAGUACCAAUGAAUUCCUCCUUCUCAUCAUCUUCCUGGCUCUAGGAGUUUUGAUUUUUGCUACCAUGAUCUAUUAUGCCGAAAGGAUUGGUGCCAAGCCAUCUGAUCCUAGUGGUAGUGACCAUACCCACUUUAAGAAUAUUCCCAUAGGAUUUUGGUGGGCAGUGGUAACUAUGACAACUUUGGGUUAUGGAGACAUGUAUCCAAAAACUUGGUCAGGCAUGUUGGUGGGAGCUCUUUGUGCCCUGGCUGGUGUUCUUACCAUUGCUAUGCCUGUUCCAGUCAUUGUCAACAAUUUCGGAAUGUAUUAUUCAUUGGCCAUGGCAAAGCAAAAGCUCCCAAAGAAGAAGAAGAAGCACAUACCCCGUCCAGCACCACUUGACUCUCCAACGUUCUGCAAAUCAGAGGACAACUCACCUCACAACAGUAUUCAGAGUUACAACAGUCCUAUAGCGGCAGCAACAGCAGCUGGUGUGAUGGAGAGGAAAAGAUCAGCAAUAAGUCUCUGAGGAUUGUCUUUGGAGUCCCAAGUCAGUCAGGCAAGUCAUAAUGGUCUGUUGUCUGGAGUGUGCAGUUAAGAGUCUUCCAGUAAAUGAUUUCAGAAUGGACUGCAUGGGAUGUGGUUGGUACGUACAUAGUUGUACAUCUCAAACUCAGAUGUGCAGAGGAAUCUGCAGAGAGCAGCUCAAUGCAUUUCCGUACGUGAAACGGAAGAGGAGAUGGCUCCUCCUUUUUCACAUAUCUUAUCCAAAAGCUGCUCUUUUGACACUUAAUACAGAAAAUCCCAUGCUUAUUUUUCUCUAAUUAAAACUACUUAUUAAUAAAAUAAGACUGAGUUCAUAUGUUUCACUAGGCGUAUGUUCACUUGACGUACUUACUCAUCCCAAUACACUAAACCGUGAAGUAAUCGUGUGUACUGAGUUUGUGCAACAUUUGAAUACUGGGCUCCUUUCUGGUUCAGUGUGUCAUGCAAACACCAUUUAGUCAUGUGGCCAUGGGCAUUCUUUUGAUUUUGUCUUAGUAUAUUGUCUCAAUCCAGUUAUUAUGACCCCUGAACACCAUGGUUUGUUCUACUAUAUUUUAGUGAGAUGGUAGAUAUAGGCUAUGAUAUAUAUAUACUGAGAAUAACAGGGUCUUAUUUUAGAGAACUCAAUGUUAAAUUGUACUUUAGUUGGUGGAAGAAAAAGAGAAGUCAGUGGAGGAAAGUUUUUGUAAUCUUUAGGACCUGUGAGCCUUUUUUGCUACUACCAACCUAUUAGACAGCUUGCAUCUUAGGACAGAAGGACUAGAAAGUAAGACAAAACUUUUUUUAUACUAGUUUAUACUGGUUUGAUCUGAUGUAUUGUGGGAAACAGCAAGGAGCAGAGAUUGAAAAAGACAACUCUUCUUCAGCAUUCUAGAGUCUGGACCAAGAACUAGCAGCAUUUCUGCUUGAGGGAUUCCCAUGGCUGAGGGUACCUCUCCAGUUGCAUAUAUGUGUUGAUGGCAUAUAGCAGCAGCUUAGCAGAAUUGUGAAGAAAGUGACUGAUUUUCUGGCCCCGGAGAUGGGAUGGGUUACGACAGGCCAUCAGUUGGACAGCGGCAAGGACAGUCCACAAGUCAUAAAAGGGCCAAGUUUGAAGACCCCUGCUUAAAUACCUCAUUAUAUGGCCAGGCUGGAAUAGACUUGGCUUCUUGAAUGGCAUGUCUCUGUAUUUCAAUAACAAACAAAAUUAAAACUUAAAAAGAAAAUCUCAGCUCUGAGGAGCACUUUGUUUUCCCCUAGUGCAACAUAUGUAACAGAAAGCAAAUCUUUUCAUUAUUUUAAGUUUUCAGUUUCUUCCAGUUUGUAACUGAAAGCCAAUGAAAUAAUUUCAGCAAUUGGAUUAACAGACUGUGCAACAUUGCUGGAUAAACAUGUUGACUAAGCCAUCGGCCUAAUUCAAAAGUCACAUUUAAUCAUUGUUUUCUGAAUAAGCCCCAGUUAGCUAGACUCAUACUACGCUACACUACAAGCAAUAAUUUAUCACUCACAAGGACUGGUUUCACACAGCAUGUAAGUAAAAACCAAAUAAGUCACAUUUGGGCUUAAUUCAAAUUGUGUACCCAAUCUGUAACACCUUUCCCCCCACCUACAGUAUUGUCUUCCCAGUGUGUUGGAACAAUAAACCGGAUUUAGUGUUUUGCAUAAAUCAUAGGCAGAUUGCAUCUCUUGUCACUUGACAGAAGUUUGAUGAUUAUCCAAAUGCUGUAAAAUCUUUCCUCAUCUUAUAGCUUUACAGUUGUGUUGGGAUUACAGCAGUCUGGGAUUUCAAUACAUUUAAUAUAUUAGGCUGAGGAAGGCUGCUCUGUUACUAAUAACUUAAGGAAACCAGAUAUGGUACAACUUUCAUCAGUUGCAAAGACUGAGUUUCUGGAUGAAUCUCCCAGCAAGAAAACCAAGAAGACUGAGACACGAGGUGUGAGCAGGUCAUUUGUAUCAUUUUUUUCAGUCUCAGAUAAGGAAUAUUCAUGAGAAGUAAAGAUUUAGCCUAGAACAACUUUAUCAGUACUUGAGUGUUACAUUUACUAUAUUAUGACUGAUAUCUGACUAUACAUUCAUGAACAGAAUGCUGUUUCUAGAAAACUUCAGUUUCUGUGGAAACCAUACUGCAGUCACCAUAGCAUUAAUACACAGUACAUGUUUAUAGACAUUUUCUGUAAGCUGUGUCUCUUGAAACAUAGGGGUAUAUAUAGGACUGAUGUUUUGAUACUUUCUCCCCUCAAUAUUAGUGGAUUCACCAUCAUAUAUUGGUGAAAGGACUGAACGCCAAACUCCAGUCAAGAAGGUGAGAAAUUGAUUCCAAUAUACUUUGGAAAUGACACUAAAAAUGAAAAUGCCUCUUCUGGAUUAUGUCAUAUAAUCUUUUAUAUACAGUAUAUAUAAAUUAUUCAUUUUCCUGUUGCCAAAGCAGGUGCAGAUUUGGCUAAUUCUGGCUUCAAAAGUUGAUCUUUCUUUCUUUCUUUCUUUCUUUCUUUCUUUCUUUCUUUCUUUCUUUCUUUCUUUCUCUCUCUCUCUCUUUUUCU